AUGGUUAAGGAUACCAAGCUCUACGAUUGUCUCGGGGUCCCCUCGACGGCUACUGAUGCUCAACUGAAGACCGCCUACAAGAAGGGUGCACUAAAGUAUCACCCUGACAAGAAUGCCGACAACCCAGAAGCUGCCGAAAAGUUCAAGGAAUUGUCCCAUGCCUACGAGAUCCUUUCCGACUCUCAGAAGCGAGGGAUUUACGACCAGUAUGGUGAGGAGGGUCUUGAAGGUGGUGGUGCCGGUGGUGGAAUGGGUGCUGAGGAUCUCUUUGCUCAGUUCUUUGGCGGCGGUGGUGGCUUUGGAGGCAUGUUCGGCGGCGGCAUGCGUGACCAGGGCCCCAAGAAGGCUCGUACCAUCCAUCACGUUCACAAGGUUAACCUGGAGGACAUCUACCGUGGCAAGGUCUCGAAAUUGGCGUUGCAAAAGUCCGUCAUUUGCCCUGGAUGCGAUGGCCGGGGUGGUAAAGAAGGUGCAGUGAAGUCGUGUACCGGUUGCAAUGGUUCUGGUAUGAAGACUAUGAUGCGCCAGAUGGGCCCCAUGAUCCAGCGUUUCCAGACUGUGUGCCCUGACUGCAACGGGGAGGGAGAAAUUGUCCGUGACAAGGACCGCUGCAAGCGCUGCAGUGGCAAGAAGACGGUCGUGGAAAGGAAGGUUUUGCACGUCCACGUCGAUAAGGGUGUCAAGAAUGGGCACAAGAUCGAGUUCCGUGGAGAGGGUGACCAGAUGCCUGGCGUUCUGCCCGGAGAUGUGGUGUUUGAGAUAGAGCAGAAGCCUCACCCCCGUUUCCAGCGCAAGGAUGACGAUCUGUUCUUCCAAGCAGAGAUCGAUCUUCUCACCGCUCUUGGUGGUGGCGCCAUCAAUAUUGAGCAUCUCGAUGAUCGGUGGUUGACGGUAAACAUUGCUCCUGGAGAGGUCAUUACACCCGGUGCCAUUAAGGUUAUCAAGGGCCAGGGUAUGCCUUCGUUCCGUCAUCAUGAUUUUGGCAACCUUUACAUCCAGUUCGAUGUGAAGUUCCCUAAAACGGAUGAGCUUCGGAACCUCAACCUCCUGGAGCAGGUUCUGCCAGCUCGGAUGGAGCAGACUAAGCCGCCCGCUGACUCCAUGGUGGAGGACUUCGAGCUGGAGGAUGUUGACUCGAGCGAAUACUCGCAAGCGCGCGCGCACGGUGCGGCUGCAAUGGACGAGGAUGAUGAAGAUGUUCCUCCUGGUGCCGAGAGGGUGCAGUGCGCAUCACAGUAA